UAUUAUUUAUUUAGUGUGAUGUGUCUAAUUUUUAUUUAAUAUUUCUACUUUUCUAGUAUCCUCGAAAUGUAGAAUGUGGAAUAAACAAUGUUGACAAUUAUUUAACUAUCAUGAUAUACUGUUGAAUUGGACAAUACACAUCAAAAUGACCGAAAAAUCAUUCAAAGCUAUUAAAGCUAAGUUGUUAGAAUGCAACAAGUUACCAGAACCGAUAAAGGACAUAUUAAAAAUAACAAAUAACAAUUCAUUAAAAGACUUAGAUGAAAACAAUUUCAAUCAGUUAUGGAAUUUGAUACAUGAUUUUGUUAAGGAAAUUACACUAGUUGAAAACAUUACACAGGAUGUAGAGUUAUUGUUAUGUUAUCAAUCUAUUUUAAACCUUGUCAACUAUACUAUUACAUGCGCUGAUGAAGACAUAAUAAGUGUAUAUGCACAAAAUUAUUUUUAUAAAACUAUACUGGUAUUUCAAACUUUUUACUCUACAAAUCUCAAGUAUAAGUUCAAAUUAGAUAUAAUAAAAAUGUGCGUUAGCUUCUGGCAAUUAGUAACUUCUUCACCAACACGAAAUGGAUCUGAAAAUGUAAUCAAUUUGGACUUAAUUUUAACUGAAAAUUUUGUUUUUACUUUUAACUAUAUAUUUGAUACUAUUAAAAUGACUACAAAAAAAACGGAUAUGAAAGUUUUAUCUACUAUACUGUGGGAAUUUUGCAAACUUGUAAGCACUUUAUCUUCCAAUAUAAAUGGAUUGAAUUUAAUAGUUCCCAAUUUAAAACAAUUAAUGAAGUGUACAUUGUUUUUGGAAACUGAAACAGGAAAAUUGGCUAUAGCAGAUAUAUUUACAUGUAGUCAACAACUAUUUCAUAAAUUUCAUCAAACAGUCAAACAAAAUUUACCAAAAGCAAACAAAUUAGAAGCUGAAGCAUAUGGGGAAAUAUAUUUUAUUGCAUGGAUAAAUUCUAAUUCAUCCAUAAAAGAAGUUAUUGAAGAACAAAUGUUUGACUUAAUAUCCAAAACAUUAACAUUACGGCGAACAGGUUUAGCUUUUAAUACUUAUCGUAAUGCUUUGAUUCUUUUGCAAAGUUUGCAAAAUCACAGAAAGCAUUUAAUGUUCAGCAAAGUAAUAACCAAGCUAUAUUCUCCUGUUAUUUGGAGACAGCUAACGAGUGAAUUUAGUGUGGUUAGAUGCAACGCUACUGAUAUUUUAGCAAGAGCUUAUCCUUUAGAAAAAAGAGGAGAAGGUCGAGAAGUAUCUUCAAGGUUUUUAAUAAAACAACAAAAUGCAUUUUUGGAUUUAUUAGUGGAUGUUUGUCCUCAAGUUCGAAUAGCUGCUAUAAAAGGAAUUUGUAGCUGUAUGAGAUAUUUUUGGAAUUCAUUUGAAGAUGAUCAAAUAAUUGAAUGUUUUAAAAUAUUUAUACGUUUAAUUGAUGAAAGUAUAUUUGAAGUACGGAGGGUUCUAUUCUAUGGAUUUUGUCAAUUACUUGAAGAAUUUAAAUCCCAUAGUUAUUUUAGGAACCCUUUCCUUAUAACAAAAAUGAAAAAUACAUUUAAUGAUGAGAAUGAAAAAGUUCGACGUGCUUUUAUACAUUUCCUAUCGAAAAUAAAAAAGAUUGAUUCCCAGUCAGCAGACUCCAAAGAUAAAAUCAACUUUACGAAAAUAGUUGAUUUAAGAGAUAUUGCUUCUGCACUUGCUCGUGAAGAUAAGCAAAAUGGACUUUUACUUGUUGAUUUAAUUUUUGAUAAUUUUAUUGGAAGUAAAGUAGCAGAUAGGCAUACAACACUUAGAAGAUUUUAUACGUUUUAUAAAAUUAAUCCCAGUGCUUUUCGUAAACUGAUAAUUUAUUCAGAAAAACACUUAGACUUUAAUAGUGCUUGCAGACUUAUUUUAUCACUGUUAAAAACUAUGUAUGGUGCACUAAAAAAAAAGGAAGAACGCUUAAAAAAUAUAGACAAAGAAAACGAUAUGCCUCCAAAAAGGCAUAAAUCAAAUGAUGAUUCUGAUACAGCCAAUGAUACACAAAAUUCAUCUUGCAGCUCAUCAGUUAGUAAUAAUGAAGAAGAAGAACAAAAUGAACAUAAUAAUAUAUGUUGUAUUUUGGAUUGUGUAAACUGCCUUAUGAUACUCCAUCGUAAUGAAUUUAGGAAUGAAGAAGACCAGCAACAAAUAAAAGAUAUUCAAGAUUCUUCUGUCACAUGUUUAAUUAAAGUAUUUAAGUUUUAUAAGGAAGGUGAUGCUUACUACAGUGCAAUUAGCUUAGCAAGUUUAAUGCCUUUAUCGAAAUUGAGUGCUCAUGUAUCUAUAACAAGCACAGCAUUAUCCACCUUAAAACAAUUGCCUUAUGAUAUAAAACACGCAGAAGAAGAAAUUGAUAUGAGAAAAGUUAGUUGUCUGGUUUAUUCAUUAUGCAUGUGGAAACGAGGCUAUGAAAUACUUCAAUUUGUGAAUGUUUGGUUUGAUGAAGCAUUCAAAACUUUAAAUCUCAAUGAAACUCAAUACCCGGAUUCUAAAAUUGAUAGAGGAAAAAGGGUCAGAUUCAAAAUAAAUUUUGAUGAAUGUAAACCGAUGACUGGUAUCUUAUUAAUAAACUCAAUGCUUACUAAUUUUCAAACACAAAAAACACUUACAGAUUCUGAAGUCAAUAAAAAAAAUACCUACGAUCUUUUCUUAUAUCUGAAGCGUGUUAAAGCAGCAAUUGAAAACCGAAUAUCUUCAGAUAAUGUUUUAAGUAACUUAUUAUCAGAUGAAGUUUUAAUUGAGUUAUUCUUAUUGCAUAAUCGAUUACAUAUAAUUUAUCAUAGUCAAGAAAAAGACAUUGAUGAAAUAAUAAAGUAUCAAACUUCUAUUUUAGAUUGGGUCACAAACAAUCUUCUUAUUUCUGAUUUACACCAUAAAGAUGAAGCUACUAUUAAAUUUGCUGUUAAAAUAAUAGAAAUUGUUAAUAAAAUAACAUUAAAUAUGUGUUUAAUGGCUUUUGUGAAUACAGCAUAUCUGGAUGAUUAUAUUACAUUUUGUGCUACUGUCUUGCAUAAUUAUUUAGGUCCUUGGCUUUUAACAUCAAUGAUUGCAACUUUAGCACAUGUCUCAAAAUAUUUUAACUAUCUAAAAUAUAUGGAUAAUCUUUUCAAUGAUACAUCAUUACUGACAAAUUGUGUCUGUAGUAUUAUAUCAGUUCUCAGUGAAUCUAAGUAUAAUGCAGAUCGUUUUAUUAGUGUUAUUGGGGAUCCAAAAACUUUUCGUAAUAACUUAAUUAUGCAGAUUUUGGAAAUUUAUAAAAUUAAUACAGUGGAAUUUAAUCAAGUUUUUAUGACACUCAUUGAAACUAUAAUGAAUAUUAUUGCUAAUCAAAUUCGAGAAAUUGACGAAAUUGAUUUGAAUGAACACCUCACCGAAAUGCCAUUUGCUAGUUAUCAGUUAGCAGCAAUGAUUUUAAGCAAUGCAAAAUUAAGAAAACAUUUUUCAUCUAAUGCAGUUGUAAUAUUCUCAUCUGAUGUAUUUAAAAAUGAUUGUGUCUUAUUGCUAUCUGCAAUAUCUUAUGUUUAUACUUUAUCAUUUCAAUUAAGUAAAACAAUAACAAUUGAUCUUGAACCAGUUGUAAAACUGCUUUAUAAAAAUUUGAUGGAGCAUGACAAAACUAGAACUCUGCUCGGUGAUAAUUGUACAAUAAAUAAUACAAAUGCUAAUCGAGGCUUAUCUAUUUUAGAAACAUCUAACUUCAGUAAUGAAGUAACGAAUUUCAAACAAAAAGGACGCAAUGUUUUGAUCGCAACUGCUAAGCAAUUACAUGUUACUUUAUCUGAGUAA